CAGGCUGAAGUUGCGGAGACCGUUUUUGAGACGAUCAAUUUUGAGGCCGAUAAGGCGGAACACAAAAAGAAGGCCAAACAGAAAAAGCUGUUCGACUUGGAUGAGAAAGAAUCGGACUGCAUUCUACACGGGUACAUUAAGAAAUUAGGCGGUCCCUGGACAACCAGUUGGCAAAUGCGGUACGCAAAGCUGUACCCGAACAGGCUGGAGCUUCAUCCCGACUCGGCGAAGCCCGAAAUGGUCUUCAUGGAUCAGGUGGAGGAAGUCAGUCCAGAGUUAGUUCAAGUGAAAAACGAACAGUGUAUUGUAGUGAGAUUGCGAGAGGGUAAAGUGGUGCUGACCAACCCCGACGAAAUAGGCCUAAAGGAAUGGUUAACGUCACUCAAGUCGGCGCACAAGAUAUCUCAGGAGCUUUUAGGGUCGAUGGCGAAGAAAGCGGGUAAAAUAUACGGCACAGACUCAAACAAUUUGAAUAGAAAUGCGAUAAUAGCUCGUAACGCGAACGGCAACUGAGCUACUCGUAAGAAAUUCCCCCGUGCCCCGAUCCUUACUACCCUCUGUGUGAUUGAUGCGCUUGUGUUGCGGUUAGAAGAAUUAUGUUUAAUCCCUCCCCUUAUUGCACACAUUGGCACUACUCUUAAGGCACUAUUUAUAUAACCGAAAUCAUGACAAUUUCUUUCCAUUCGAUUUGUUCUACUUUUUUAGACAAAGGGGAGGUAUUACGUUAUUCGAUAAGGUUGGGACCGUGUACAUUACUGAACGAACGAAAUAAUUCGUCUCACUGGUAUCAACACCAAGCUUGUAAGUCACUAGAAUAGCUUUCUUUGCCGACCGCUAAUCAUUUCGAUACUUACUAAAUUGGCAUUAUCGACGCAAUAAGAAAUUUUUAGGUUAAGUUUUUACGUACCUGGUCGUUUGGUUCGAAUGCGCGUGCGCGCGCUCGUCGGGAGAUUGUAUCACUUGGUAUUAUUGACGAGAACUUCUAUUUAUUAUACCUACUCUACGUUUUGUACAAUUUUGUAAAUAAUUUAAGUGUGCAAUAAGUAGAUAGAGAUAGAUGGGAAACUGCUACAUUUUUAAAAAUAGUUAGCGAAUAAAGGAAUAAAUUAAAGCCUACAUUUAUGAGACGUAUUGGCCCAGUGUACUACUUAUACUUUAUAUGUGCAUUAUUAAUAAUGUUUUUAUAGAUAUUGUAGAUAAUAUUUUAAUAACAACUUAAGUUAUUUUCUAUUUUUCAUGGGAUAGCCAUGCCAGUGUAUUAGUACCGAUUGUACGUUCAAAAUGAUCGCUACCCUCCCUCUUUUGGAUGUAUAUUAUAGCAGCCAAAAACGAGCGAUUUUUGUAUUUCUCCACCAAACAAAACAGUUUCUAAGAAAUUAUUUUGUGUGGACACAUUUUCGAUGAUUUUUAUUUGGUCGAGAACAGCGCCCUCUAUACUUUCUUCAAUAGCACCAGUAAUUGAUUGUUUUUUUUGUAUGCUUGGGAUUCCGGCUCUACCAACCUUUAUAACAUUCUCAAUUUCAUUAAAAAGCACUAUAUUUUCUGGUGAACGUUGAAUUAAAAGGUCAAAUGGCUCAAAAGCUUAAGAACUCCUUGCAAGUAGGAGAAAAAGGCGUAAUUUGGGACAAGGGACGAGGAAUAUUAAAUUUUGUCACACAUCAUUGGUGUUUCUAUGAAAAAGUAAGCACUCACUAACCGGGUUGGAAUUAAUUGGUGAAGCACAAGCACCAGAAAUUUAAGUGAGCUUCUUCAUAAUUGAAGGUAAAUUGUGUGCUGCUUUUACGAAACGCAUAAUAAUCGCUCAACGAAAUUCAAUACGCAUUUAAGACCUUUGAAAUUUUGAACGUACAGGUACAACUUUGUGUAAAUGAGGUGUAGAUUUCUCUCCAAACUCUUAAAGAAAACAAGCAAAAAAAAACGUGUACAGAUUCUUCUUCUUCCUGUAGCCUUACUCGUACGUUUAAGUAUUAAUAAAACAAAUUUUGUAAUACAAUUCAAGGUUUUAAAACGCGAUAUGUGUUCAUGCAAAUUUUUGAAUCAAAAAACCACACACGAUUUACGUGUUAUCAGGAAAACGCACACAUAGCAAGAAGUGGGAAGAGACGAAGAAUCGGUUUUCAUUUAAAAAAUUUUUCCGCUCUACCAAUUACUAACGUAACAAUCCGAAUUGUGUCAAAACUGUAAAGAGGUUUUUAGUGCCAUUUAGCUAGGUACGAACGGGAUAUUUCUAUAUAAGUGUUUCUAAUGAGCAAUUUAAAGAACAGCAUUUGUAUUACCUACGCGUAAGUAUAAUUAUUGUUAGUGAAUAUUUCGUACAGUUUUUAUGUUUAAAAGAAAAGAGAACAAUCACUAUUUUGUGGUUAGACAGCAAUACAUUGAUGUCUAUUGUGUAUUUAUUUAAAAAAACGUCUAAAUACAUUGUUAUAAUCUG